GAAAGUCGCUCACACUCUUCCAAAUUGGUCUAGAAGACUAGAACACAACCACCCAAGAUCUUGCUCUAGCUUUCAAAAGAAUCAACAUCACUACAUAGAUUGUUCAUAAUAUUCCGUACCAUUUUUUGUUCAUCCCGAAUUAAUUGCAAAUGUAAAAAACAAGUGCACAAAUUAGCAGUUCUUGAAUUCCCAGAUGAUGAAGGUGCCACAGUGUCAUCGAAGUUACUAUUCCCAGAAAUCACCGGCAUUUAUAUCUCUGAUUCUGCUCCUUCUCCCCAUCUUUUCUCCUGAUCUCUUCUCUCCCUUAUCUCGCUCAUACCCUUCUCUUUUCUCUGAAUGGAACGCGCCCCAACCAAGACAUAUGCGUCUCUUGCAGGGUGCAUUACAAUGUAAAACUCCGAUUAGACAGCAGCUUGAGUUGUGGUCUCCUUUGCCCCACCAAGGAUGGAAAUCAUGUCAUGAUUCUAAAAACACUCCAUUGCCCGAGAAGUCGGGUGGUUAUAUCCAAGUGUUUCUUGAUGGAGGAUUAAACCAGCAGAGAAUGGGGAUUUGUGAUGCCGUUGCUGUUGCUAAAAUUUUAAAUGCAACUCUUGUAAUCCCACAUCUGGAAGUUAACACUGUAUGGCAGGAUGCAAGUUCAUUCACAGAAGUAUUUGAUUUGGAUCACUUUAUCAAUAGCCUGAGUGAUGAAAUCUCCAUAGUUACAGAGUUGCCUGUUGAAUACUCUUGGAGCACUAGGGAGUACUAUGCUACAGGUAUACGAGAAACCCGAGUUAAGACUGCUCCUGUCCAUGCUUCGGCUGAGUGGUAUCUGGAAAAUGUAUUACCUGUAUUGCUUAGGUAUGGAGUUGCUGCGAUUUCCCCUUUCUCCCACCGCUUGGCUUUUGACAACUUGCCUAAAAGCAUUCAACAGCUUCGUUGCAAGGUCAACUUUGAAGCAUUACUCUUUGUUCCUCAUAUAAGAGAAUUGGGUGACACCCUUGUCAGCCGACUGCGCUCUUCUGGUGAAUUUUCUCAACAGAGGGAAAAGUAUGUUGUUUUGCAUCUCCGGUUUGAUAAAGAUAUGGCUGCACAUUCAGCUUGUGAUUUUGGUGGGGGGAGAGCUGAAAAACUGGCUCUUGCAAAAUACCGUCAAGUCAUCUGGCAAGGAAGAGUUAUGAAAACUCAGUUUUCUAACGAGGAAUUGAGAAACCAAGGACGUUGUCCUUUGACCCCGGAAGAGAUUGGAUUGUUGCUGUCAGCUUUAGGCUUCACUAAUAACACUCGCCUUUACCUGGCUUCUCACAAGGUAUAUGGUGGUGAAGCAAGAAUAUCAACUCUACGUAAGUUGUUUCCUCGUAUAGAAGACAAAAGGAGUCUUGCAACUGCUGAUGAGCGCGGAAAGGUCGAAGGCAAAGCUUCAUUGUUAGCUGCAGUGGAUUAUUAUGUGAGUAUGCACAGUGAUAUUUUCAUCUCUGCUUCACCAGGAAACAUGCAUAAUGCAAUGUUGGGACAUCGAGCCUAUCAGAAUCUGAAGACUAUAAGACCAAACAUGGCACUUCUAGGCCAGCUUUUCCUGAAUGAGAGUAUAAGUUGGCCUGAUUUUCAGAAUGCUGUUGCAGCCGCGCAUAAAAAUAGGCAAGGACAAAUUAGAGUGAGAAAGGAGCAGCAAUCCAUAUAUACUUACCCUGUUCCUGAUUGUAUGUGCCAAACCUAAUGUUAUGUACAAACCAUGCCAAGUCGGUGGAGUUGGUGGGGAACUCGUCUUGUGACUUGGAGGUCACACGGUCGAGCUCCAUCAGCUGCGAAAUGCUUGGGAGAGGCUCAAGCAUGUACAUGUGUACAAUAAUUGUUGUAUGUCGGAGUAAUAGUUAAGCGAGUGUCAUUUAUCAAAUCAGUUUUAUAAUGUAUUUUUGUAUGAUAGUUCAUAGUACUUUGGAAAUAUCCAGGUCACUCCUCUUCAACAUGACAGGUUAUGUACGGAAUACAUUAUCACAAAUUUUUAUUUAGAGGUGGUGCAACAAA